CAUUUCGAAUAAAAAGCCUUGUUAUUAACCGGUGUGUCGUUAUUUUUUAUUACAUGUAUUUAGCUUGUGUAGCAAAGACGGGGUUAAAACAAUUUAGUCGCCAGCUGUUGGUGUGUUUCAUAGCCAGUCGUCGUCACACUUUGCACAGUCUGAGCGGCAUUUAAUACUAGACAGUUGGCAUCGAAAUGGCAUCAUUAGCGGCGGGGCUUGAGCCAGGUUUAACAACAGGAACGGGACCUCUGGCUGACGCUUUAGUCCCCGCCAGUAUAUUCGCUCCAGACCGGGGAGGAUGCGGGGAAGAGGACGGCGACGAGAUCGACGAAGACGGGGAGCUGACCAACGGCGAGCCCGAGGAUCGGAGGAUCGACUGCAGCAGCAAGUCAGCGCUUGUAAGCCCAAAUGGGGAGCAGUAUGACUCAUUACUCCGACAGCUUCGGGAUAGGAUGGAGGAGGGCUGUGGGGAGACAAUCUAUGUGGUUGGAAUGGGCUCUGAUGGUGGUGACUGGGGUCUGGAUGAAAAAGAUAUGGAGGCCUCGGUAGCAACAGUCCACUCUCUGUGUGAGCAGCUGGAUUCUGACCUGAUCCCCCUUAGAGAGCGCACUGAGGCUGCUGGAAUGGUGCGUGACUAUCUGAUUCGGAGGCGUGUGGGUGAGCUGGACUUCCUGGAGGUCAGAGUUGCAGUGGUGGGGAAUGUGGACGCCGGUAAGAGCACUCUGCUGGGAGUGUUGACACAUGGUGAGCUGGACAACGGCAGGGGUUUUGCCCGGCAGAAGCUUUUCAGGCACAAACAUGAGAUGGAGAGUGGCAGGACCAGCAGCGUGGGCAAUGACAUCCUGGGGUUUGACCAGGAGGGUCAGGUUGUGAACAAACCUGACAGCCAUGGAGGAAGCCUGGACUGGACCAAAAUCUGUGAGAAGUCCUCCAAAGUCAUUACCUUCAUCGACUUGGCCGGUCAUGAGAAGUACCUGAAGACCACCGUGUUCGGGAUGACUGGACACCUUCCAGACUUCUGCAUGCUGAUGGUGGGCAGUAAUGCUGGUAUUGUAGGAAUGACCAAAGAACACCUUGGCUUAGCUUUAGCGCUAAACGUGCCGGUCUUUGUAGUGGUUACUAAAAUAGACAUGUGUCCAGCCAACAUCUUACAAGAGACCUUGAAGUUACUCCAAAGGUUAUUGAAGUCUCCUGGCUGCAGGAAGAUUCCGGUCCUGGUACAGAGCAAAGAUGAUGUGAUAGUCGCAGCCUCAAACUUCAGUUCAGAGAGGAUGUGCCCCAUCUUUCAGAUUUCCAAUGUAACUGGGGAGAACAUGGACCUGCUUAAGAUGUUUCUCAACCUACUCUCCUCCAGAACAUCUUACAGAGACGAUCAGCCUGCCGAAUUUCAGAUAGAUGAUACCUAUUCUGUACCGGGAGUGGGAACUGUAGUAUCAGGAACUACCUUACGCGGGCUCAUACGUCUGAACGAUACUAUGCUACUGGGUCCGGAUCCUCUAGGAACCUUCAUUCCUAUUGCUGUUAAAUCAAUUCAUCGCAAACGAAUGCCAGUUAAGGAGGUUAGAGGUGGACAGACUGCCUCGUUUGCUUUGAAAAAGAUCAAACGGUCGACUAUAAGGAAAGGAAUGGUGAUGGUGUCGCCGAAGUUAAACCCUCAGGCAACUUGGGAGUUUGAGGCUGAAAUUCUGGUUCUGCAUCAUCCGACUACGAUAUCCCCCAGAUACCAGGCGAUGGUCCAUUGUGGGAGUAUACGACAGACAGCCACCAUCUUGUCCAUGAACAGAGACUGCUUAAGGACAGGGGACAAGGCUUCAGUCCACUUCCGCUUCAUCAAAACGCCAGAGUAUCUCCACUGUGACCAGAGACUGGUGUUCAGAGAAGGCCGCACCAAGGCUGUGGGAACAAUCACUAAGCUGUUGCACUCUACUAAUAACAUGCCAUCUAACUCCAAACCUCCACAAAUUAAAAUGCAGUCCACAAAGAAGGUGCCUCUUAGGAAAGAGGAUGGCACCAUGGCAACUGGCGACGAUGCAGCAACGAUAGCACAGCCGGCUGGCUCCAGCACGUCACAGCCGGGGGAGGGAGAUGAUGACCCUCAAUUAAAAGAGGGUAACAAAGAGAACAAGCCAAAGUCUGGAGGAGGUGGAAGGAGAAGGGGUGGCCAGAGGCACAAAGGAAAAGGCCAAAAUAGCAGCGCCAACUCAAUGACAGCACCCUCCUCCACAGCAACAGGAAACUGCUGAAUUGUUGGAAUUUUUUUUUUUUACAUCUCCAUCUAUUAGUUCACAAAGUGUCAUUCCACAACUUUGACAGAUGUUUGAAUCGAGAAGAUUUAAAAAAUCCUGCCUGUUCAUACCAAGUUCAUCUUUGUUUGUUCUGAAACAAAUGUUAUGCAUUUCAAUGUCAGCUGCCUUUACAAA